GUGAGAUGGGUUCAGGAGGCCGGAAGUUGCGCCCUCACUACUCGCCGUUUCAAAAUGCUGCUGAGGCCUUAGGGCCUGAGACUGACGCCCCCUCCCCCCCCGGGCUCGGCGGGGGAGCGACUCAUGGAGCGGCCGUAAGGAUUUAUCAACAGACUGCAAUUUCUUCACUGCCAAAAUGACAUCAUUUUCCACCUCUGCCCAGUGUUCAACUUCUGACAGUGCUUGCAGGAUCUCUGCAGAACAAACCAAUCAGGUACGACCAAAACUGCCACUUUUGAAGAUUUUGCAGGCAGCAGGUGCACAAGGUGAAAUGUUCACUGUUAAAGAGGUCAUGCACUAUCUGGGCCAGUACAUAAUGGUGAAGCAGCUUUAUGACCAGCAGGAGCAGCAUAUGGUGUAUUGUGGUGGAGAUCUUCUGGGAGAACUCCUAGGACGUCAGAGCUUCUCCGUGAAAGAUCCGAGCCCUCUCUAUGAUAUGCUAAGAAAGAAUCUUGUCACUUUAGCCACUGCCACUACAGAUGCUGCUCAGACUCUCGCUCUCGCACAGGAUCACAGUAUGGAUAUUCCAAGUCAAGACCAACUGAAGCAAAGUUCAGAAGAAGGGUCCAGUUCUAGGAAAAGAAUGGAAGAAGGCAAUAGACCUACACUGCCUACCUCACAACAUAAAUGCAGAAAUUCUAGAGAAGGUGAAGACUUCAUAAAAAACUUAACCCAAGGUGAGACCUCUAAGCUGGACCUUGGGUUUGAGGAGUGGGAUAUAGCCGGACUGCCUUGGUGGUUUUUAGGAAACCUGAGGAACAACUAUACACCUAGAAGUAAUGGCUCAACUGAUUUACAGACAAAUCAGGAUAUAGGUACUGCCAUUGUUUCAGACACCACAGAUGAUUUGUGGUUUUUGAAUGAGUCUGUAUCAGAGCAAUUUGGUGUGGGAAUCAAAGUUGAAGCCGCAGAUACUGAACAAACAAGUGAAGAAGUAGGGAAAGUAAGAGACAAAAAGGUGAUUGAAGUGGGAAAAAAUGAUGACCUUGAGGACUCCAAGUCCAUAAGUGACGACACUGAUGUAGAAGUUACCUCUGAGGAUGAGUGGCAGUGUACUGAGUGCAAGAAAUUUAACUCUCCAAGCAAGAGGUACUGUUUCCGUUGCUGGGCCUUGAGAAAGGAUUGGUAUUCAGAUUGUUCUAAGUUAACCCAUUCUCUCUCCACGUCUGAUAUCACUGCCAUACCUGAAAAGAAGGAAAAUGAAGGAAUUGAUGUCCCUGAUUGCCGAAGAACCAUAUCAGCUCCAGUUGUUAGACCUAAAGAUGUGUAUACAAAGGAAGAAAACCCUAAACUUUUUGAUCCCUGCAACUCAGUAGAAUUCUUGGAUUUGGCCCACAGUUCGGAAAGCCAAGAAACCAUAUCAAGCACGGGAGAACAAUCAGAUAACCUUUUUGAACAGAGAACAGAUACAGAAAACAUGGAAGAUUGCCAGAAUCUCUUGAAGCCGUGUAGUCUGUGUGAGAAAAGACCACGAGAUGGAAACAUUAUUCAUGGGAGGACAGGCCAUCUUGUCACUUGUUUUCACUGUGCCAGAAGAUUAAAGAAGGCUGGGGCUUCAUGCCCUAUUUGCAAGAAAGAGAUUCAGUUGGUUAUUAAGGUUUUUAUAGCAUAGCUAACUCAGUGAAUUGCAGAAAAUAUUAACAGGGCUAGGUCAUGUUUCAAAAUGUCAGUAUUGAGCAUCUCUACUCAGUGUAGCCCAUUACAUCUGUUUAUUUAUUUGGGUAAACAUCUGUGUUCCCCAACAUUUUUGCUUCUAAACUUAUAUGGACUUUGAGAAUGAGUUCUUUAGAACUAGGUUGCCAAUUUGGGGGACGCUGUUAACAUGAAAAGAUACGUUAACCACUUCAUUCUCUCCUCAAAGAUGAGGAUCUGGGAGAAAGCAACUGCCAGUACUAACAAAAAUACAUUAAUUCGCUCACUUACCAAAUUAUUUGAAGAUUUACUAUUUCUUUAGUUAAUUGUAUUCCCCAUUCUUUUUUUUCUGUUAGGGAAUGUUAUUAGGCAUUAGGAUCCAAGGUGGCUAUUAGAAAAAUACUAAAGCUAACAAAAGAGAUAAUAAUAAAUUUGAUUAGUCAAGGUAUGUAAUGCUAUAUAGAUUGUUGCAGUCAGGCUGCACGAUUCAGAUAAGCUAAAAGAAAAGUCUUGAUAAAGAAGCGCUUUCUUCCAUGUGUGCCUAGAACAAUGGUAUGGAGCAUUUUUGCUAACAUACUCCUAAAAGGGUUUUGAAAAAGUAUAUGUAACCUUUUGCACAUUUUACACCAUGAGGUAUAUAAUUAACAGACAAAGUUUCCUUUCUGGUGAGUUGUAGACCUCUGAGUAGCCAGCCUAAAACAAGCAAUGGAACAUUUCUGUCUCCUUAGAAUGUUUCCCUUGUUCCUCUUUCCAAGCAGUUCCCCCUCCAUUUCGUGGCUCUCAUUCUAGGUUAGCUGUCCUUUUGCACAUGUUUAGUGUGACAUCUAAAUUUUAAAAAUACCUUUAAAUACUUAGAAAGGGUACCCUAUCCAAUAUAUUGUAUAUGUGCCUUAAAAAUAUUUUUCUCAAAGCCUUGGAGCUGUAGGUUUCGUUGAUUAAAGUUAUAGAAAAAAUCCUGUCAUGUAAAGUAGCAAAGCUGUUCUCAUUUUAAAAUUCAUCAGCCAAAUCAGAUUUCACUUUCACUCAGAAAAUGUUUGACUUUAUUUUUAAAAAUAAAUGCAUUAACACAUUUCUGGCACAACCGUCUCAAUUACAGUUCUAAGGUAGGUAAGGCAUAGAAUUUUUAACCUAAGCUCCCUUUGCUUUACUCUGUCCUCAUUAUCUUCUGAGAAUCCUCUGGAGGUUUUUUGUUGUUCUUUUAUUUGAUGCCUCUAGAGGUUUUUUACAUUCUGAGGCAAUGCCCCAUAGUAAGAUUCUAGAUGGGUGAGAGGCAGCCUUUCCUUUGGAAAUAGGGAGUUAUGGCAGUUGUGAAAAGGAUAUUAAGAAAAAUGGUAGAUCUGAAGAAGCCUUAUCUGAGCACAUUAAUCUUAGGACAGUACAAAUGGAAGUUGAAGACCUUUAAGCUGAUGUCUCUAUACCUAUCCCUGCCUGCUUUCUCCAUGGACAAAUCUUGAAGUAUGCCCAGGGGUAUGCAUAUGAGAUUUUGGGGACGAGGGCCCUAGAAUUAACAAAUUUACUGAUCCAAAAAAUUACCUGGGUUGCUUGUUAAAACAGCCCAAGUUUAAAAAAAAAAAAAAAAAAGCCAAACUCAAACCCCCCUCCCCCCACUUUGCCCUGGAGUUUCCAUUUGAACAUGUGUUCCUGGAAGCUGAUUCAAGUGGUCCACAGACCACACUUUGGGAAGCCCUGCCUAGAAGGAAGGGUUUUCCCAGUUACAAGAAGUAGAAUGAACAAGAUCAUUUUUAGCAGCAUAUUUAAUUUUCUGAGGGGGAGUUUUGUUAAAAGUUCUAGAAUUUUAAAACUAGAAUGCACUCAUAUACUCAAGCCACUGUUAUUUUGCACUUGAGGCUAAAUUUAAGGUUAAAUGACUGUCAAAAGUCACAGCUAGUGAUGCAGCUAUUACUAGAAUCUAGGUGACUUGUAGUAAAUCUCUAAACCAUGCUCGCUCCCUUGUCAUUGUUUGUUAAAUAUAUAAAGCGGGAUGCUUCUCGAAUUUGUGGUAGCUCAUCAUCCUAAAAUACUGCAGAAUGUGACUUGCAGCCAAACUAGGACUUUAGAGAGAGUAAUAACUUUUAACACUUUCUCCCCAAAGAAAAAGGCCCUAUAAAUGUCAGGCUUUCUUAUAUAAUCAGAUGUCCUCCCACAGGGAGGACAGAUAAAGGUGCAGAGGAGCCUGAUCCAUUGUCUCCAGUAUUGUUCCUUCUUGGGGAAGGAAGUUAAGUUCCUGGCUCUCUCUAGGCAUCAGGGACAAGGGUUUGUUUUCCUUCUAGAAGUAGAACGAGUCCUUUGAGUUUAGUGUUUUGUUAAACCAUGGUAAAUGCUCCACCACUCCUGCAAUUUAAAUGACUUUUUCCCCUAUUUUCUCUCAAGUACUACUCUCUUCAUAAUAGUUUGAUAGCCCUCAAUUUUGUUUGAUUUUUGCCAGUUCGGCGCUUUUGCAAAUGGUGACUUAAAGGAGGGACAGGGAGAGUUGGGGAUCUGCACUUGUACCCUCUGAUUCCUCUUAUGAAAAGUCGCAGGUUUUUUUAGAAAAUUAAAAAAUUGGAAAAUUU